GAAGUCUAUCAACAGACCUUUGUUCUCUGUUGGAAGAGGCGGAUGAUUUUAACGUGUUGAUUAAAGUUGGGCAAGAUCCAAAUGUUCGUGAAUUUAAGGCGCAUUCAGUUUUAUUGCGUGCUAGAUCGGCUUAUUUCAGACGAGCAUUAUCGAGAGAUUGGGCUAAAAUGGAAGGGAAUUGUAUCGUAUUUAAUAAAUCUAACAUUUCAUCGGAUGUUUUCGAAGUCAUUUUAAAUUAUUUGUAUACGGGUACGAUAACGUUAUCUGGACAAGAUGCAGACUGGCUACUUGAUUUGUUAAUGGCAGUUGACGAAUUGUGUCUAAAAGAAUUACUGGAUUUCGUUCAAGAUCAAUUAGUUCAAAAUCAAUCGAAUUGGCUGAAAGUUAAUUUCAAAAAAAUUUACGAAAUGGCGUUUAAUCAUCCAGCUCUCACAACACUUCAAGACCAUUGUCGACAAAUUAUUUGCGACGACCCGGAAUCAAUAUUCAAACCUGAUAUGCUACAAUUAUUGGAUGAGAAUGUUUUGCUAUCGAUAUUACAACGAGAUGAUCUCAAUCUGACAGAAAUACGUACUUGGGAGUCUAUAAUUAAUUGGGGUAUUGCACAAAAUCCGCGCCUAAAUUCAGAAGAUCUUGAAAAAUGGACACCUGAAGAUUUUGCUACAUUAGCCACAACAUUAGAAAGAUGUAUCCCACUUGUUCGUUAUCUUCAAAUUCCGCCAGCCGAUUU